UGCUGUGCACCCGGCUCCCAGGCUGCCCGGAGCUCCCGUCUCUCCCUAGAAUGGGGGAGAGUUCUGUGAGGGUCUCCCUUGCAAGUAACAGUUUGGUUCACGUUUACUUUUGAAGCGAAGGUGCUAAGAAUUCAUCUAUUCCUGGGUGUCCUGGAAUUAAAGGAUUGAAGAGAUCCCGCGGUACCUGCCCCAGGGCAAAUAGGAUUUACCAUUCGCUGGAUGAAGUGCCCGGGGAGUCCUUAAAUGCCAUAGCCAAGUGCCGUUUCAAAGAACAGAUGGUUUUGGAAAGUUCAUGCUGUUUCUUCACUGAAGUUUAGAAUGAUUGAAGAUAGUGGGAAAAGAGGAAAUACCAUGGCAGAAAGAAGACAGCUGUUUGCAGAGAUGAGAGCUCAAGAGCUGGAUCGAAUCCGACUCUCCACCUACAGAACAGCAUGCAAGCUCCGGUUUGUUCAGAAGAAAUGCAAUUUGCACCUGGUGGACAUCUGGAACGUCAUAGAAGCUCUGCGGGAAAAUGCGCUCAACAACCUGGACCCGAACACGGAACUCAGCGUGGCUCGCCUGGAGGCUGUGCUCUCCACCAUCUUUUACCAGCUCAACAAGCGGAUGCCCACCACGCACCAGAUCCACGUGGAGCAGUCCAUCGGCCUCCUGCUCAACUUCCUGCUGGCGGCCUUUGACCCGGAAGGCCAUGGCAAAAUUUCGGUAUUUGCUGUCAAAAUGGCUUUGGCCACAUUGUGCGGAGGGAAGAUCAUGGACAAAUUAAGAUAUAUUUUCUCAAUGAUUUCUGACUCCAGCGGGGUGAUGGUUUACGGGCGCUAUGACCAGUUCCUGCGGGAAGUCCUCAAACUGCCCACAGCGGUGUUUGAAGGGCCCUCGUUCGGUUACACGGAGCAGUCAGCCAGGUCCUGCUUCUCUCAGCAGAAAAAGGUCACGUUGAACGGUUUCUUGGACACGCUCAUGUCAGAUCCUCCCCCGCAGUGCCUGGUGUGGCUGCCCCUUCUGCAUCGACUGGCGAAUGUAGAGAAUGUCUUCCACCCGGUGGAGUGUUCCUUCUGCCACAGCGAGAGCAUGAUGGGAUUCCGCUACCGGUGCCAACAGUGUCACAACUACCAGCUCUGCCAGGACUGCUUCUGGAGGGGACAUGCUGGGGGUUCCCAUAGCAACCAGCACCAAAUGAAAGAGUACACGUCAUGGAAAUCACCAGCUAAGAAGCUAACGAACGCAUUAAGCAAGUCCCUGAGCUGUGCGUCCAGCCGUGAGCCUCUGCACCCCAUGUUCCCCGACCAGCCGGAGAAGCCGCUCAACUUGGCCCACAUCGUGCCACCCAGACCUGUAACCAGCAUGAAUGACACCCUGUUCUCCCACUCUGUCCCCUCCUCAGGAAGUCCAUUUAUCACCAGGAGCUCUCCUCCCAAGGACAGUGAAGUAGAGCAGAACAAACUGCUGGCUAGGGCUGCUCCGGCUUUUCUGAAGGGCAGAGGGAUCCAGUACAGCCUGAACGUGGCAGACAGGCUAGCUGAUGAACAUGUGCUCAUCGGGUUGUAUGUCAACAUGCUGCGGAGCAACCCCUCAUGUAUGCUGGAGAGCUCAAACCGGCUUGAUGAGGAACACAGGCUGAUCGCCAGGUACGCGGCAAGACUGGCGGCAGAGUCCACUUCGUCUCAGCCAGCUCAGCAGAGAGGCGCUCCUGACAUCUCCUUCACCAUCGACGCGAAUAAGCAGCAGAGGCAGCUCAUCGCAGAGCUGGAGAACAAGAACCGAGAAAUCUUACAGGAGAUCCAGCGGCUGCGGCUGGAGCACGAACAGGCCUCGCAGCCCACUCCGGAGAAGGCGCAGCAGAACCCCACUCUGCUGGCCGAGCUGCGGCUCCUCAGACAGCGCAAGGACGAGCUGGAGCAGAGGAUGUCCGCUCUGCAGGAGAGCCGGCGGGAGCUGAUGGUCCAGUUAGAAGGUCUCAUGAAGCUACUCAAGACCCAGGGGGCAGGCUCUCCUCGCUCCUCCCCCAGCCACACCAUCAGCAGGCCCAUCCCCAUGCCCGUGAGGUCCGCGUCCACCUGCUCCACCCCGGCCCACACGCCCCAGGACUCCCUCACGGGGGUAGGGGGAGACGUGCAGGAGGCGUUUGCACAAAGUUCAAGAAGAAACUUAAGGAAUGACUUGCUAGUGGCCGCAGAUUCCAUCACUAACACCAUGUCCUCUCUCGUGAAAGAGCUGAACUCCGAGGUGGGGAGUGAAACGGAGAGUAAUGUGGAUUCUGAGUUUGCAAGGACUCAGUUUGAGGACCUGGUCCCAUCGCCAACCUCGGAAAAGGCUUUUCUAGCGCAAAUCCACGCCCGGAAACCCGGGUACACGCACGGUGGAGCUGCCCCAAGCGCCAUGCGCAGCGAUGUGGUCACAGAAGAUGGGGAUCCCUAUGUGCGGCCCGAGGAGGAGAGCUACGAGAAUGACUCGGUCCGGCAGCUGGAGAACGAGCUCCAGAUGGAGGAGUACCUGAAACAGAAGCUGCAGGACGAGGCCUACCAGGUCAGCUUGCAAGGUUGAAUACAAUAUCCUUUUAUCACUCUCCUCUCAAGGGAAACGGCACAGAAACUUCUCCAACACCAGAUAUGCCCCCGAAGUUUUCCGUGGCCAUGUAGCCACAUCACAGUCCUUAAGAGCACCUGAGUCUGAGCCUCUCCAUCCCUUAAGAUUCAAUGGUCCAGGCUCACUCAGCACUUCCAGAGACGGGUCAGCUCCUUGGUCUU